GGCGGUGAACAUCUGGCUCUCCGUGAUGAGUGCAUGUGUAUGAGAGGACACACACACGGGCGAGAAGAUACUAAACAAACUUUUAUGAAAAAGCUAAUCUUUUGAAGAAUCCUGUUGGCGUUUUGCCAAAGACCAAUUAGAGCUCAAACAUGGACAGUGACGUGGGAGUGAUGAACACCAGCCUCGAGAGUCCUCUGAGCCCCAGGCACCUGACUGGGUUGGGGAUGAACUGUCUUCUAAGCCAAAAGUACAGACACUCUGGGCCGGGCCUCACCAGUCCUCAGGAGUACAACCAGUGGCUGCCUUACCGUCAUGACGCCAGCCUGCUGCCCAUGAAAGAAGACCUGGCCUUCUGGCUCAACACCAUGAUGGGUGUGGACCUCACAGCAGACAGUCUGAUGGAGAGGUUGGAUAAUGGUGUUCUCCUCUGUCAGCUGGCACAGCUGCUCCAGGAGAAGAUAAUCCAUGCCAACAAUGGCAAGCCCUUUAUAAGAAGAGUGAUCCACUGGCGAGCUGAUGCAACUUCUGGAUCAUUUUUCGCCCGAGACAACACAGCCAACUUCCUUUACUGGUGUCGAAAGAUUGGCGUUGAUGAGGCUUACCUUUUUGAAUCAGAGGAUUUGGCACCCUCACCAGGCCAAACCCUGGUAUCUACUGCCAAAGUCUCUCCUACCACAGUAAACAGCCGCACUCCAACAGCUACACCUCCCCCCACCUCCCCACCAGCAGCUCAGACUCCUCGAUCCUCAAGCAAAUCCACGAGCCGGAGGAGCGCAGGCACCAACAACAUUUUGGAUGAUAUUGUGAGAAACAUUAUUGAAAACCCCCCUUGCAGCUGUCCCACCAGGUUCCUUGUUGAGAAGCAACCUAAAGGCUGCUACCGUGUUGGGGAUAAAGUUCUGUAUAUACGGAUGCUGAAUGAGCGUCAUGUGAUGGUGCGUGUAGGCGGAGGCUGGGAGACCUUUAUAAGUUACCUGCACAAACACGACCCGUGCAGAGGAGGACCGGCCGGCAGGUCUGAGGUCAGGGUCUGUAGGUACAAAGCUAAGCCACCCAGUUUGAACAUCUCACCUGACAGCUACAUGGUGGUGGGUGCCCAUUACCGUGGCAAGAAGUAGACUCAAACUUUUGCUUCUGGCUCCUCUUGUUUAAUAAGACCAAACUGUAAAAGGUCAAUGAUUUAACAUGUAAUUCAAAUCCUUAUUGCCUCAAAUUUAAAGAGAAAUCCAACUUUUUCUAUUGAAGUUGUAGAUACAACUGGUUCUUACCUGAUUAUUAUCUGUAUGAAUUAUUCAACCUACUGUAACAGUAGGUCAGUGAAGCUACAUGACUGUAUGUAUGCAAAGAUUAGUGUUAGAAAAUUGAUAAUCAAUGAAUUGUCUCAAGAGAAAAUGCCAAACCAGCUUCCUCAGUGUGAGGAUUGCUGCUUUUCUUUAUCACACAUGAUCACAGACUAAAUAUCUUUGGGUUUUGGAUGGUUGUUGAAUAAAACAAAUCUGAAUUAUAAAUUAUAACAGACUGUGACUCGUGUUAUUGUAGUGUAGUUAGUAAACAUACAGCUCCGAGUUUAUGUAUCAUGAUACUGUAGUUUGAAUUUGUAUUUUUGAGCUUUUUGGUAUUGUAUUUUUGAUAGUUUUGAUUCCUUAGU